AUGGGUGAAAUCACACCUAUCUUACAGGGUUAUGGUGGGGACCGAGGCGCCCGCCGCCUGCCGCGGGGCCGUGCGCGUCCUCCAUGGAGGCCGGAGCUGUCAUCAGAAAACGGUGUGGAAGUCGGAGAAUAUUGGAAGCACUUGGAGGAGGAGCCACUGCUGCUGGCCGAACUCAAGCCUGGGCGCCCCCAUCAGUUUGAUUGGAAGUCAAGCUGUGAAACGUGGAGCGUUGCCUUCUCUCCGGAUGGUUCCUGGUUCGCCUGGUCUCAAGGACACUGCAUUGUCAAGCUGAUCCCCUGGCCGCUGGAGGAGCAGUUCAUCCCUAAAGGGUUCGAAGCCAAAAGCCGAAGCAGCAAAAAUGAUACAAAAGGGCGAGGCAGCCCAAAGGAGAAGACGCUGGACUGUGGGCAGAUUGUGUGGGGCUUGGCCUUCAGCCCGUGGCCUUCUCCACCCAGCAGGAAGCUCUGGGCACGCCACCAUCCCCAGGUGCCAGACGUCUCUUGCCUGAUCCUUGCUACAGGACUCAACGAUGGGCAGAUCAAGAUUUGGGAGGUACAGACAGGGCUACUGCUUUUGAAUCUGUCUGGCCACCAAGACGUCGUGAGAGAUCUGAGCUUCACACCCAGUGGCAGUUUGAUUUUGGUUUCUGCAUCCCGAGAUAAGACUCUUCGCAUCUGGGACCUGAAUAAACAUGGUAUGGAGGUGACAGAAUGACUUGGCAGCCCCAAAAUACUGUAUUUGCCCCUCUCUCUACUUGACCAGUGUCAUUUUAUCCAGAACAGUGUUUCUCAACCUUUUUUCUGUUAUUGCAUCCUAAGGAGACUUUUUAGACAUGUUUUUCCUAGUCACCCCCCAGCCCCCUCACCACCUGGGAGAUUUUCAUGCCAAAAGUACAUUGAAUAUCUCUUCAGGUACUGGAUGCGUAUCUGUGCUUUGUACAUAAAAAAAGGUCAGAUUUUUCUGGCCAUCAAGAACCCGUUUUCACCCCUCUCGAAAAUACAUGGUGUAGAAUAGGUUUUCUGAGCUGUGGCACUCUUGACAUACUGGGCUGGAUAAUUCUUUGUCACGGACCUUCCUGUGCAUUCUGGUGUGGAGCGGCAUCCUUGCCCUCUUAAGCCGUGAGAUGCCAGUAGCACCUUCUCUAGUUGUGACAACCAAAAUGUCUCCAGACAUAGCCCGGUGUCAACAUAAAGGCCACAGUCUCCCCGGGUUGAGAACCACUGAUCUGGAAGAAGUCAUCCAUGUUGGGUACUUCCUGUUAGAAGUGAAGUUUCUUUGUACAGUGGAAUCUAGGUCUAGAAGCAUCCGCUCGGGUUGGCGUGAGGAGGGGCGCGGUCAGCUUUAGUGCAGUUCUGCUCUAAGCAGGACUGUGUCCCGGAGUAGCCCGACAAAGAAUCCCAUACGUCUCUGGUGUCACUCCUCUGACGCUGGGAAGGUGACACAGGGAAGGGGAGUUGGUCGCCGGGCCAUUUCUCCCUCGCAGGCGUGGAGGGAGGGGGAAGG